AUGGCCACGCGCACCUCGCUGCCGGCCAAUCGCCGGACGGCGAAGGUUCCACUGCUGCACAGCCCAUCUGGCCGCUGCCGUGCGACUAAGGGACAGUCCCCGCCACCUGUGCAGCCCCGGCAUGCGGCCUCCACAUCGGACUUGCACCAGGUGCGGCGGUGCACUGCGGCGCCCCGACCGGUGGACGCGCGGCUUCCAGGUCGGCCUGUGUCCCCAGCCGUGGCUGUGCGCGUCUCUUCCCCACGCCGGCCUGGUGCCAGCAGCGGCAGCCCCACGCUCUCCAGGCUUCCUUGGCGGCCUGGCCUUAGCUCAGGGGGCUCCCCACCGCGGCAGGCGCGUGCCGCAUCGGGCACGCCGGCGACAAGGUCGGCUGCCAGGAGCAUUUCGCCGAAGAUGAGCGGGAACGGUCCCUCCCCGACGGCGAGCCGCGUCCGCGACACCACGCCGCGGCGGCCGCAGCGGGAGCAGGGCUAUCAGUUCCUCCACGUCGAGCCGCCGUGGCCUCCCAGUGCCCCCGUGGAGUCUGGUCCGCUCUGCGAGCUCGAGAAGCCGAAGUGGUCGCAAAAUGUCCAUGUACCGCAGCGACAUAGCGAGAGUUUUACGCAACUGCGCAGCUCUCGGCCAAGCUGGUCCCGAGAUUUCCGCGAACCCACGCUGCCCACCAAGGCGCCGAGUGGAGUGCCACGCGAGAUAGGCUGUCGCGACGCCGUGCGCACGGCUGCAGCGCUGAUCUUACAGCGCUUCUGGCGACAACGAAGGCGGCCCAAGCUGCGCAAGCCAGCGAGGGCGCAUCACAGGAGGUGUGCCAGCAAUCUUCUCUUCCCAAAGCGACCAGGCGUCUACGUUCACUUCGCGGCCUUGCGUAUUCAGCGCGCCUGGCGCAUCUCGCGAUGGCGUCGGGCCUUCGCGCUUUACGCAGAGCACCAGGCCGGAUGGGUCGGGAGCCUCGAUUGGCUGCACCAGAACAAUAUGAUUUACGGGACCGAGUUGGCAGAGAAGGAGGACGAGGAGGAGUGGUGCCAUGAGAAGUUCGUUGCCGCGCCAGACGCGGAGGUGGACCCAUGGGGCAACAACCAGCUCCGGCAGCACCUUCAAAAGACGUGGGACCGCGACAGUGGCUCCAAGGAGGCAAAGCCUUCGGAGAUGAAGCCGAAAGCGCACAUCGUGGCUGGCGUCCAUGUCUCACCGUCGUCUGGACAGUACAGACAGCUGGCGCAGCCUUCUCAGCCUCCGCAUUUGAAACGGCCGGUUGGCGCCAGGAGCCGAAGCCCUGAGGAGCGUGGGGUUGCAGGGGCACUCGAGCGUGACCUGGAAGGUUCAGUGGCUCAGCUGCCUCCACACCUGCAGAAGCCUAUCAGCAACAACGGCAACAAGUCCCCCACGGAGGUGCCGAGAAAGGAAUCACAGCAAGCGGAGGCAAAGCUCAAGACGGUGAGCCCAACUGCAGCUGCAGUGGCAGCUGGGGCACAAAGGCUUUCCUCGACGUCCGAGCGCUUCGUUGCAGGAAUUCCGGCAUCGCGGCGGUUGUCCUUCACACAAUCUUCACAGUUGAUUCACACAAUGCCCCCGCCUUCCAUCGCCACAGCUGCUGCGCUCCUCUCCCCGCGCUGCGAGCAGCGCGGCCUGGUGGAAGCCUUGCCUGUUGGCAAGGCCCCUGCGCCCAGUGCUUGGUUCGGAGGGCUCUGCGCGUCGGGUGCCCCUCCGCACUCACCGAAGAGCCCGGUGACACUACCCAAGUCGCCACCAACUACCACGGGCCCGGGACUGCCAGCGGCGGUGAACAGGUCACCCUCCGCCUCCCAUAGGACAGUCCAUGCCGUUCCGGUGACCCACGCCUUGGCCUCACUUCCUCUUAGACCGCGACCCGUGUCUCCAGCGCCGAUGCCGGCCGUGCAGGCUUGGCUCCCGGUGCGCUCGCGGCUGUCUUGCAGAAGCCUCCACGCCUCAUCAAGCUUUGCGGCAUCGAAUGCCUUCGUGGUCGUCUCACAAAAUUAG